AUUCGGCGUGGUGUUCGACGUGACGCGCUUUGUUUAGGCACGUGUGGGUAUUGGGUAUUCUGUCAGUGGUGUGCUUCUCCGUGUCAACGCGCGUCCUUGCCUGCCGGCUUCUACUGGGCACUUUGUGCGUUCUGGCAGCACUUGCUGGAGCGCGGAGUGGAGUGCACUUCACCUUUCGUGCAUCUCACCCAGUAUCGAAGGACCGUGAGGUGACUGUUCGAUGGACAACGUUCUAGCAUGUCCAUUUCUUGGAGCCUCCUCAUUAUUGCUCUGUUUUUUAGGUGCUCGAACUUCGGGGUCUCUCAUCAAUCCAGCAGCUACGGAUUCUGAGAAGUCACAUCAGGGUCGUCGUCACCACUGCAUUUUGUUUGACCAUGUGACCGAUAAUUCGUCUCACUUGAAACAACAUGUGAAGGUUUCUACAGACGAGCGGUCUCAUCAGUGCCAUUUGUGCCCACAAAGCUUCACACGAAAGUUCUCACUCACUGUUCACCUGCGCACCCACACAGGCGAGCGGCCGUUUCACUGCCACUUAUGCCCCCAAAGCUGCUCUGAAAAAUCCAACUUAAUUCAACACCUCCGCACCCACACAGGCGAGCGGCCAUAUAAAUGUCACUUGUGCCACCAAAGCUUCUCUCACAAAUCCACCUUAAAUGAACACCACCGCACCCACACUGGAGAGCAGCCAUAUGGGUGCCCAUCAUGUCCCCAUAAAUUCUCCCAUAAAUCCAAUCUGAAGAGGCACAUGCGCUCCCACACGGGUGAGCAGCCAUAUAAAUGCAACUUGUGCCCCCAAAGCUUCUCUGACAGAUCCAAUUUAAAUCAACACCACCGCACCCACACAGGAGAGCAGCCAUAUGAAUGCCCAUCAUGUCCCCAUAAAUCCUCCCAUAAAUCCAAUCUGAAGAGGCACAUGCGCUCCCACACGGGUGAGAAGCCAUAUAGAUGCAACUUGUGCCCCCAAAGCUUCUCUGACAGAUCCAAUUUAAAUCGACACCUCCGCACCCACGCAAGUGAGUGGCUGUAUGAAUGCCCAUCAUGUCCACAUAUAUUCUCCCAAAAGACCACUCUGAAGAGGCACAUGUGGACCCAUAUGGGCAAGCGGCUGUAUAAGUGCCCUUCAUGCCCCAAGGCAUUUAACCAGAGUAACAACCUCAAAAGACACCAGCGUCAGCAUGAACAGCAGUAACCAUUUUAGCAAAAGUUCUGCUGCCAGUGCUGUUUCUUGGUUUGUUUGUUUUUGUGAAGGUACAUUUGACCAGUCGUUCCAGAGCACUGUGGCAAUGCUGAGCUAUGUAGGGUAGCAUUAAAGCUGUGGUUCUAGCAGUGGUAGCAUGGCUUCAUAAUUCUGCCUCGAGUACCAUUAUUCAUGCAGUAAAACGUAACGAGAACAUUUCAUUCCUUUUUAACACUGUUUUGCAGUGCUGUUCGCUGUCCAUAUGAAUGUUCAAUAUGUUAUAAGCUGAAUGAAAGCUUGUUUAUUUGUACUGGUGAACAAAGAAACCUGUUCUUUGUCAACUCCAAGUUCUCUCCAAGCCACUCACUUGACCACGCGUGAAAGCAUAGCACCGUUUUAGUACUGCCUAGUAGGUCACCGGCCAGAUGUGUAGGUGUGCAUUAUGUAAUAACUUUUCGGAAUUGCAAAUUUACAUGUGUGUCCUUCAUGCUAUGUGGAAUUGCAUAAAGAAUUCUCACAAACGUCUCAACUAAAGAGGCACAUGAUCAACCACACGGGCGAGUGGCUGUGUAAAUGCCUGUCAUGUCCCAACUCAUUUAAUCAGAGGUUCCACCUGAAGAGACACCAGUGUUAGCAUGAACGGCAGUAACCAUUUUAGCGAAAGUUCUGCUGUCUGUGCUGUUUUCUGGUUUGUUUGGUUUUUGUAAAGGCACGUUUGAACAGUUGUUCGAGAGCACCGUGGAAGCGCUGAGCUACGUAGUAUAGCAUUAAAGCUGUGGUUCUAGCAGUCGUAGCAUGGCUUUAUUAUUCUCCCUAGCUAGAGCAUCAUUAUAGAUGCAGUAAAAUGUAGUGAGAACAUUUCAUUCAUUUUUACUUCUUUGCAGUGCUCUUUGCUGACCAUGUGAAUAUUGAAUAUGUUGUAAGCUGAGUGAAAACUGGUGUAUUUUCACUGGCGAAUGACCAUUUCUUUUCGUUGCCAACUCUAAAUCCUCUCUAUGCCACUGAGUUGAGCGCACAUGAAACCAUAGCACCAUCAUAGUACUGCCAAGUAGGUCAGCGGCCACAUGUGUAGGUGUACAUCAUAUUCUAAUUGGUCGGAAUUGGAAAUUUACAUUGUGUCCUUCAUGCUGUGUGUAAUUGCAUGGAGUUUGUGGCAUUGUGUGCAUAGUAUCUAACGUGGUUGUAUAUAGUUUAAGAUGUCAACGUACUCUGUUGUAAGGAAUGUGUGUGUGCUAAAUUAGAACCAACAUCAAUGCCUCGUUUUGUGGGAGCUAACUGCCUUUUCUAACGUGAAGAACAUUAACAUUGUAUGCACUAAUAGAAGCAGCUAUUUCAUAGUGCUCUUGGAAUCUUUCUUCUGCCUUGGACAUUUCUUCCGUUUUUGUAAUUAGACUGGACUCCUCUAAUGACGUUUGAUUUUGUGGUUAAGGGGAGACCCUGCUUCUGAAACAUGUUUCUUGUUUUUGAGCAUAUCCUUAUGAAACUUUCGCAGCUUAUAUAUUUUUGUGCUGAUUUCAAAAAUUCAAUUAUUGUUCUAAUACAAUAUGUAGUUUUGAAGCUAUUAAAUAGUUUUUGUAUGGUUAGGGGCAGGUUUUAUUUGUAAACUGUGAGAGUUAUCAAGCAAACCGGCAUAUCACAAUAAUCUGGAAUGAAUACUGUGUGCAAUAAAACAAGAAUGGAUGUUCUAGGCCCAUUUGAACAAAAGUUAUGGUACGUUGAACAUUUGGCAAGUGAGUGAUGUCGAGCUCGGUCAAACUGGGGUCAAGUGGGGAAUGUUCAACAUACCAUAACUUUUGUUCAAAUGGGCCUGGAACAUCCAUUCUUGUUUUACUGCACACAGUAUUAAUUCCAGCUUAUUGUGAUACAAUGAUUUGCUUUAUAACUCUCAUAAUUUAUAAAUAAAUCUUGCUCCCAACAAUAUACACGAAAUAUAGCAUAUUUGAAAUCAGGACAUAAAAAUACAUAAGCUGCGAAAGUUUCAUAAAAAUGUACUCACAAACAAAGAAAUAUGUCUCCGAAGCAGGUUCCCCCCUUAACGAAUGACCUUAUGUUAAAGAACACAUUGAAACAGUUAUAUAUUGCUUCAGGCUCACUUACUUCUCAUGUCAUCACCCUUUAAGUGCAAGUGAACCAGGUCGUAAGAGUUCACUCGUUUAUUUGAGAUAUGUUAUUUUUAAUUAGACAUUGUGCCUUUCUUACUUCUCCCACAUGUGUGUUACUGGUGCAUUUUGUACAGUUGCUUUGUGAAUGAUAAAAUGUGAUCUUUGCAUUGUAUACUCUUAGUUGUGUUGCCUCUAUGUUCUCUUCAGGUGAGAUUUCUUGCAGCUCUUUUCUUGUCUGUUUUUAUGAUUUUCAUUUCCUUCUCUCAUGAAGACACAUCGUUGCACCAAUUAAUCAUUUAUCACAUAAUCACUGCUGUAUUUUUCAUCACACUAAAUAAAUUGUUGUGUGUUGUCAAUAUUACACAUUCAUGUCAUUUCAAUGCUUGCACUAAUUCUAUAUGAA